AUGUCGCCGUCAGGGUCAAGGCCGCCGCCGUCGCGCCCAUCAAUGUCCCGGAGCGCGUCGCGGGUGCCGCGGAUGCCGGAGCACGACAUGCUCACGAGCGAGGGCGCCGAGCUGCUGCACGAGUUUGUGCACCCACAUCCGGGAGCGACACACGACCUCGAAGAGACGCUGGUCGACGUUGCGGGCGAAGACGUGGAGGAUGAGGACGAAGUGGAACGCAAUGCGAUCGAGGCCGAGCAUGCCGCCCGGACGACACUCCCAUGGUGGAGGCGGCCUGCCGCCUGGUGGUUCUUGUCGAUUAUACCAUUCAGCAUGGUUGCCUUCACCAUGACAAUGGCCCCGAAGCUCGAGAUCUUCACAGAGCUCGUCUGCAGAGCUCAGCAUGGCAUCCCGAGAGAUUCCGAGAGCGAGAUUGAUACGCUCUCGCCUGGCACGGACUGUGCCAAGGACCCGCGUGUACAGGCUACCGUCGCAGUACUCAUGACCACGAUGACGACUAUUUCCGGCGUGCUCGGCUGCCUCACGACUGCCUGGUGGGGCUCCUUAUCCGACCGCAGAGGCCGCCUCUUUGUCAAGCGUGCCAACAGCAUCUCGCUCAUCUACCAAGACAUCAUCUUCAUCGCCGUCUUCGCCUUUCCCUCCCGCGUCCCGGGCGGCUUCUGGGCCCUGCUGACAGGGCCCGUGCUCGAUGGAUUCCUGGGAGGGCGCAUGGCAUCGAGCGCCGCCAUCCAUGCUUACCUGGCAGACGUCUCCAACCCCGCAGCCCGCAGCCGCGUCUUCUCAGAGUUCAUGGGUCUUCUCUUCAUCGGCAUGGCCGUCGGACCCACCCUCGGCGCUCUGAUCUCGCGGUACAGCGCGCCCAUCUACGCAUUCUACGCCGCCGCGGGCCUCCACAUCUUCUAUGUCCUUAUGGUCUGGCUCGUCAUCCCUGAAUCUCUCACUCCAACCCAGAUGCGCGUGUUCGCCCGGCGUCAUGCCGCAGAUUCGGCCGCGGCCAAGGAGCGCAGAGGAUUCCUCGCGUGGCUCGGCCGUAUCUUUGGUUUUCUCACACCGCUCGCCGUUUUCCUGCCCGGCGAGAACGACCGUACGAUGGUCCGCACCAAGGGCCAAGGGAAGGGCAGCCGCAUGGACUACUCGCUCACGAUCCUCGCCGCGGCAUUCGCACUCGAGACUAUGCUUAUGGGCUCGUACGUCGUCACCCAGCAGUUUGCCUUGGGCAACUAUGGCUGGGGAGCGGAAAAGCUUGGCUACUGGAUCUCUGCCGUGGGCGUGGCUCGCGCAUUAUUCCUCGCCCUCAUAUUACCCGCCGUCCUCACCAUUCUCAACCGCCGUGCAAAGAAGCAACCCAUCGCAUUGCAGACUACCGACUCUGAGCCUCUGCUUGCUACACCGUCUCGUUCGGCUGAACGCGUGCGUAGCCCGAGCGCUGCGAAGGGGAAGAAGCAUGAGAAGCACGCGCCGGCUGUUGAGCUCCUCGUCGCGCGCCUGUCGCUUCUCGCAGCUAUUAUCUCCGGCGCCAUCCUUAUGUUGAACCCACCAGCCUGGGCCUUCGUCUUUGGCACAAUACUCUCCUCAUUCGCAGCGGGCUUCCAUCCCACCAUGCAAUCACUCGCCAUGGAGCUCUACCGCGCGCGCGUCGGACCUACGGCCGAAGCCGGCAAACUCUUCGGCGCACUCAGUGUGCUGCAGAGCGUGGGCAGUGCGAUCAUUGGUCCAGCUCUAUACGGAUUCAUCUAUAUCCGUACGGUCGGGACCUACCCUGCCGCAUUCUUCGCCGCCACAUUCGCGUUCGUCGUGGGCAGUCUCCUUAUUCUGGCAUUUGUGAGGCUCCCAGAAGGACUUGGAGAUGAGCCCAGGGAACCUCUGGAUGCUGAGGAUGGAGAAACGGAAGAGGAGGGACAUGAGAGAGAGGACACGCUUGUGCCGGAGAUUGUUAUUGAUGACGAGGCACAGCGGGCGUUAGCAGCGAGAGGGAGGAAGGGUUCGGUGAGCGCUACGGCAACUUAG